CCCAGAUUUGUAUUUUUUCUGUUCCCCCUGUGGAAGAAAGCAGAAAUGAGGUGGAAUGUGGCGUCUUGGCUCGUGGGAAACUCUUUAGCAAUCCCAACUGGAACCUCACACCAAAAGAAACCAUGAUAGUGAUGACUGAUAUCACUGCAGCCCCCAGAUUGGGGUCAACUGCCACCACUCCAGCUGUGGCUCCCAACUUCUCCUGGAUGCCGGACGAUGGCAGCCCUCCGGCUGUGGAGCAGCCAAUAUUCCUCAUGACCACCGCUGCUCAGGCCAUCUCAGGUUUCUUUGUAUGGACAGCUUUGCUCAUCACCUGCCAUCAGAUCUACAUGCAUCUUCGCUGCUAUAGCUGCCCAAAUGAACAGCGCUACAUUGUUCGGAUCCUCUUCAUUGUGCCCAUUUACGCCUUUGACUCAUGGCUCAGUCUGCUGUUCUUCACCAAUGACCAGUACUAUGUUUACUUUGGCACAGUGCGGGACUGCUAUGAAGCCUUUGUAAUAUACAACUUUCUCAGCCUCUGCUAUGAGUACUUGGGAGGGGAGAGCUCCAUCAUGUCUGAGAUCAGAGGGAAACCAAUUGAGUCCAGCUGUGUAUACGGGACUUGCUGCCUGUGGGGAAAGACCUAUUCGAUUGGAUUCCUGAGGUUCUGCAAACAGGCUACCCUGCAGUUCUGUGUGGUGAAGCCCCUCAUGGCGAUCAGCACAGUCAUCCUUCAGGCCUUCGGCAAGUACCAGGAUGGUGACUUUGAUGUAACCAGUGGCUACCUCUACGUGACGAUCAUCUACAACAUCUCUGUCAGCCUGGCACUGUAUGCCCUCUUCCUUUUCUACUUCGCCACACGUGAACUGCUCAGUCCCUAUAGUCCAGUCCUUAAGUUCUUCAUGGUGAAGUCUGUCAUUUUCCUGUCCUUCUGGCAAGGGAUGCUGUUGGCCAUCUUGGAAAAGUGUGGUGCCAUCCCCAAAAUCCACUCUGCCAGCGUGUCUGUGGGUGAAGGCACAGUAGCUGCUGGGUAUCAGGACUUCAUCAUUUGCGUGGAGAUGUUCUUUGCAGCCAUCGCCCUACGCCAUGCCUUCACGUACAAGGUGUAUGUGGACAAGAGACUUGACGCCCAAGCUGUUCCAUCAUAUGGACCAUACGGUCGCUGUGCUCCCAUGAAGAGCAUCUCCAGCAGCCUCAAGGAGACCAUGAACCCCCACGACAUUGUCCAAGAUGCGAUCCACAAUUUCUCCCCAGCCUACCAGCAGUACACCCAGCAGUCAACACUGGAGCAUGGUCCACCCUGGCGCAACGGCAGUCAUGUUAUCUCGCGCUCCCACAGCUGCUCGGGUGCCCGUGACAACGAGAAGACACUCUUGCUGAGCUCUGACGAUGAAUUCUAGGAGGGGAAACUGCCAGCACAGGCU